AUGUUCAGUAAUUCCAGCAUUAGGGAUCCACUUGCCUUGCACAUAGUCUCAGAUGACGAUGACGACGACAUGGCUCCCUCCAUCACGGAUGUAGUGCCACCACUGACUCGUGGUACCUCAACCGCCUCCUCAACAGCAUCUUCACUCGAUACCGGUUUGGCUAGUAGCAUACUCGGAGAUGGCUAUACUCUCGAGUCACAAGAUGGAAUUUUGACAGUCCCGUUCCGAUACCAAGAGGAUGCCGACCUGCUCUGCCCUUUCCAGAUACUGGACUGUGAUCGGGUUUUCGCAGAGAUUGUUCCCUUCAAAAUGCAUGUUUUCUCUCACUUCAGAGGACAUGAGUUGCCGGCUGUUGCGGCCUGUUUUCUGUGCGACAGCAAAUUUGUCCAGCACCCAGACGAUGACCGUGCUCUUGCAUGGAACACCAUGUUAUCUCACAUGGUACAUGAACAUUUCCGGCAAGGCCAACAUCUCGCCACCGUAAGGACGGAUUUCGGCCUGAUGAGGUGGAUGUUCAGUAAAAGGAUCAUCAAUGAGGAUCAAUUCUCGAGAACACAGAUGAUGCCUAUUCCCAUACUGCUCCCAAGAGCAUCCAAUUUUCGGAGAGAUAUCAGAAAUAUAUCGGAAGUCCCUCGCGCUCCAUCAGCACCCACCCCUCCUGCCGUCCUAGCUCAUUUUGCUUCGGUCGGCUAUCAAAAUGAAUCAUAUACCGUCCAUGCCGGACCAAGAUCUGAGCGUCGUCGAUUGGACGCCACGCGGACGAUGGUACGAGCAAGGAGUUAUAUUUGA